AUGUCAAUCGCCUUCAUAAAACUGGCUGGGAAGAAUGCCACCGCCAAAUCUCCAAGCAUUGUAAUCAUGCCCGGAGGUCCAGGCGGUUCUGGUAUUGAUCUCCUCCUCACAUACCGUACUGUUGCAGGGCAAAUGUUUGGAGAGCAUUUCAACUUCGUCUCCUUUGACCCUCGUGGUGUGAACAACAGCGAUUUGCGCCUCGACUGCUUCUCAGGGAACUCAGAAGCAAGGUUGGCCUUCAUUCAACUGCACAGUACAGGCGCUACCAACACCUCAUCAACCUCGCUUGAAGAACAGUACUAUUCAAGCUCUAUUUACGGAGAGUGGUGCAAUGAUGCUGUCAACAAUGAGUCAUCCCAUGGUUAUUAUGUGACCACACCGGCGGUCGCCCAUGAUCUGCUCACAUUUAUAGAAGCUGAGGCCGAGGUGGCCGGUCAGUCACCGGCAGACGCCAAAUUGUGGUGUUAUGGCAUUAGUUACGGCACUGUCCUUGGCAGCACUUUCGCUGCCAUGUUUCCUGAGCGAGUUGGGAGAAUGAUACUAGAUGGUGUUGUGAACGCAGAGCAGUAUUAUAGCAAUGAAUGGAGGGACAAUGUUGAUCAAAUGGACGAGGCCAUGGAAAACUUCUCGAGCUUCUGCCAUUCCGCAGGUCCUAGAAAGUGUUCCUUCUGGGGACCCACGCCAGCUAACAUCACGGCCAGACUGGACGGCAUCGUCCAUCAGCUUCAGAAUCAUCCGGUUCCAAUAAGCGGAGUCCGAAGUCAAGUCCUACCGACACUGGCCACCUAUUCCGAUCUGAAGGCUCUCUUCCUCACCACUAUCUACGCCCCACUGAAGAACUUCCCUGUCAUGGCCGACAUCCUACACCAGCUUGAGCGUGGGGACGUGUCUGCUCUUGCAGGCAUGUUUGACGGAUUGAAUUCUAUAUCCGACUCCCGUCUAGCCAUUCAGUGCGCCGAUUCGUAUCGGAGAAACAGGCUUACUACCAUGGAAGACUUUAAGAGUUACGUCGAGUACGCGAUCUCGAAGAGCAAGUACAUCGGUGAUAUUUACCCCAUCUACCAAGACAAUAUCUUGUGCAGAUCAUUCCGACCGAAAUUGCCUGAUAGCAUGGUGGUUCAAGUCCCAGUAAGUGGGCUAGACAGGCCUACUUCCUUCCCAAUCCUCUUUACAAGUAAUACCAUCGAUCCUAUAACGCCCUUGAAAUCGGCGCGCAACAUGUCUUCUCAGUUUACCGGAUCAGUACUCCUAUUGCAAGAAGCUGUUGGUGCUUACUCCUGGUAUCUCCCUCUCGAUGCAGCAUACUGUCAUUGA